AGAUGUGGAAUGUGAUCGUGGAGCGAGGAUGAGGCCUUUGAGUAGUUUAGGAAUUGGUCUAAUUCUGGUGUUCGGUUGUCUGCUCUUAGCUCUUGUUGCAGAGCUCUACUACUUGUUAUGGUGGAAAAAGAGGGUCACCGACAGAGAGAUUGAAGAUGAUUACAAUAGUCCUGCAAGAGAGCUAUUUUAUACCUUCUGCUGGAAAAAACCACCGUUGUUGAGUUCCACAGCCUUGAAUUCUCAGGAACUCUGCACCUCUGUGAGAAUUACAGGAGCCCAUGGUCAUGAAACAGAGAAUCAGCUUAACCUUCAUUCUGGGUCAAAUAAGGAUUUGUUACUGAAACCCUUUGAAGAUGAUACCAUGGAUUCGGAACUCUUGAUGCUGCAGAAUCUAUGUGGACCUCCACGAUUCCUCUUCACCAUUAAAGAAGAGACGAAAGAAGAUUUGGAGUCCGAUGAUGGGAAAUCCAGAAGUGGAAAAAGCCGAAAAGGGUCAAGAAGUAGGAGCUUGAGUGAUAUCCUCCCCAAUGUGGAGACCCCAUUUUUAACUCCUAUGCCUUCUCCACCGUUUUUUACUCCACCACUGACUCCUAUAGACUCGUAUAACCACCUUGGAUUCAACCCUCUCUAUGAAUCUUCAACAGAUGCAGAGCUGAACAGGGUAAGGUCUUCACCUCCUCCAAAAUUCAAGUUCUUGAAAGAUGCAGAGGAUAAACUGUACAGAAGAAAACUGAUGGAAGAAGCUGAGAAAAAGAUCCAUCAAAAUAAUGGGUCUGUUCAAGAUAGGGUGAUCAAAGCAUCUCCUGCUUCAUCUGUGAUCCCAGAAGAGGAAGAUGGAUCUUUUAUCACAAUCAUUGUUGGUAAAAACAAAGAAAAGGAGUUUCAUCACCAUUCGAGUACUUCACAGGUCCUACCACUAGCUUGUUCUCCUCCCACAAUCCAGCCAGAUUAUAGGAAACCCAUCUUUCAUUCAAGUCCCAUGCUGAGAUAAAAAACCAUGAAAUGGGAUUUGAUCUAUCUUGCCCUCUCUCACUUUCCUCAUCUCUUGAUUAACUUUUCGUGAUUAAUAUUAGGCUUGUUUGUGAACUUAGUAGAGAAAUUUUAGCUCCAUGUUUCUUUCUUUAUAUUGCAUUUAUCUGUUCCUUUGGUUGAGGUUGGGCUUGCAAGGCAGCCAUGAUUGAUUUGUAGUACCUUUGCUUAAGGUAUAUUAGAACCUUACCAAAGUAAAGAACUUUCUCUGCAA